AUGGCAGAUGAUUACAAAAAAUUAUAUGAAACAAAGGAAGGAUGCGAUGUUAUUAUAUUUUCCGGUCAAGAACCAAAUGUUAAAAAAAUACGUGCUCAUUCUUUAGUGCUUCGCACUAGGUCUACUUAUUUUCGUGGAGUAUUCUCUUCUAAUUGGGCAGAAAAAACGAAAGAUGGCUGCUUUGUUUUAAAGAAACCCAAUGUUAGUGGACUGGUUAUGGAUAUUAUCCUUAAGUUUCUAUAUUGCGGAGUUGUGGAUCUUAAAGUAAUUGAAGGUGUAACAGUCUUAGAGCUUCUAGUUGCAACAGAUGAACUGGGAAUUCAAAAAUUUAUGGACCAUCUUCAAGAAUUUUUAAUUAAAAAUUGUUACGAUUUCUUGCAACAAGAUUCUGUUAAAAUGCUUCAUAUUGUUACACGUCAUGAAGCAUUCGGUGAACUUAGAAAAGUAUCUUUUGAUACUAUUUGUAAAAACCCUGACUUAUUAUUUAGUUCGAACAAAUUUUUUUCAUUAGAAGAAGACGUGCUGAAAUUAGUUCUCAAAUGCGAUGAUUUAGAUAUGAAUGAAAGUAUUGUCUGGGAACGGAUAAUUAAAUGGGGAAUCGCUCAGCAUAAAAAAUUUAAGAGUGAUGUGAAGAAAUUUGCCAAUGAAGAUUUUGAAACUUUAAAAGCUACAUUAUGUGAAUUACUUCUACUUGUCAGAUUUCACCAAAUAGAUAAGGGAGAUUUUAUUUCCAAAGUUUGGCCAUUCAGGCGCCUCCUUUCCGAUGAUUUAAUAGAAGAUAUUUUACGUUGCCAUUUGGUUUCUGGUGCUGUGCCACUUUAUAAUGUACUACCUGCCAGAGGUUGUGCCAGCGAUUGUUUUAAAAUCGACCAAAUUAGCUCAGUUCUGAUUAAUGAAGAGAUUGCACGAAUGUUUGUCAAGUGGAUUACCAAAACUACAGAUAACAAAAGUUUAAAGAAAGUUCACUACAGUUUUAAUCUACUUUUUCGAAGUAGUAGAGAUGGUUUUUCGUCCUACACAUUUCAUCAAAGAUGCGACAAUAAAGGUGCAACAAUUGUUGUAGGAUAUAUUUCGGAUUCAAAUCAGCUGGUUGGUGGUUAUAAUCCACUUGACUGGAAUGGAAAUAACUACAAAAAUACAACAGAUAGCUUUUUAUUUUCAUUAAGUGAUUUUAAUAAUCCUCAGAGUGCAACAUUAGGGCGAGUUGUUAAUGGUAAUCGUGCAGUUUAUUGCAAUAAUAGUUAUGGACCAACCUUCGGAGGUGGUCACGAUCUAUACGCUCCAAAUAACAGUAGUAGUUGGUCAUAUAACGAACAUUCCUAUCCUAAUAUCAAUAUCUCAGGGGGGCCAAUUUCGAUCACAGAUUAUGAAGUAUUUCAAGUAGUUAGGAAAAAUUAG